UGCAAUGAACCAACAAUUCUUUUAGAGUCAUUCUCACGUUUGUUCUUCUAAUCAGGAUUAAAUUGUGGUUCAAAAUCAUUUGUAUUUAUAAUAAAUAAAAUAAAGUACCUCUUAAAGAAUUUAAAAAAUGGGACCGAAAAAGGCAGGAGAAAAAGCGACAGACGCAGUGGAUGGAGUGGAUACAUCAAAGAUGAAUAGAGAACAAUUAGAGCAUUAUACUAACCAAAUUUUAGAAGAAAUGGAACGCGAAAGGGAAGAGAGAAAUUUUUUUCAGUUAGAAAGAGAUAAGCUUAGAACUUUUUGGGAAAUAACGCGUCAUCAACUCGAUGAAGCUCGUGCAACUGUAAGAAACAAGGAACGAGAAAAAGAAGAGUUAUCGGAAAAACAUGAAGCAGAGCUAACAUUGUAUAAGCAGAAAGUCAAGCAUUUGAUGUAUGAACAUCAAACCAAUCUAGUGACAUCUAAAGCUGAACACAUAUUCGCUUUAAAAAUGGCACAAGGCGAUCAUAUAUUACAAGAACACGAAUUCGUCAAGGACAAAAUUUUUUCUAAAAAGACUGAAAAGGAAACAGAAAUUUUCUAUACGAAUGAAGUCCGAGCAUUGCAGUUAGUAAACGCUGAUGAAAUGAGUAGAAUGAUGAAGAAUUUUGAAUCCGAGGCCGCUGAAUUAGAAGAAAAGUAUGAGCAAAAAAUAGCUACUUUAUAUGAAACACUGUUACUGAAACAUCGAACAGAAAUAGUAGAAGUUGAAGAACGAAAAAAUCUGCAGAUAUCUACCUUGAUACAUAAUCACGAGAGAGAUUUUGCGGAUACAAAGAACUAUUAUAAUGAAAUUACUGUCAAUAAUCUGUCUCUUAUAAAAAGUCUUAAGGAGAAAAUACAAGUUAUGAAAAGUCAGGAGGAAAGAUUGAUUAAGCAAGUACGGAAAGCGAAUAGUGAAAUUAAAAAACAUUCUGUUGAUCUUAAAAAAGCCCAAUAUAAAAUUAGUGACGUUUCUCGGAGAUUAAUUAGUUACGAAAAGGAUAAAGAAUUAUUGACAUAUACAAGGAAAAAGUUAACCGCAACUAUGAAGGAUCAUGCGAAUAUGAAGCGGGAAAUCGAAGUACUUGAAUUCCGACUGAGCAAGUGUAAGUCUGAGCGGGAUGAGCUGCAUUCAAAAUUUUCUUCUGCCAUUUUGGAACUUCAACAAAAAACUGGAUUGAAAAAUGUUUUAUUAGAGAAGAAAAUAGAAAAGUUGACGGACAUGUUAGAACAAAGAGAAGCAAAAGUAAAUAAAUUUUUUGCUGUUGCUCAACUGGAUCCUGCCGUCGUAGUAAACGUCAACGAAAAAUUAGAGGAAAUAUUAAAUCGAAAAAAUAUGGCUAUAAAAGAUCUUCAAUAUGAACUUGCGAAAGUUUGCAAAGCUCAUGACGACAUUUUGGCGACAUAUGGUGCUAAAUUGCAGGAAUAUGGAAUUCCCGAAACAGAUCUUUGAUUUCAGUCAAUGGGGACGAGGAUGUUGAGUUGUGAAAUUGAAACUGGACCAGCUGACCUUCUGUCUAUGAGUCCUUAAGAACAUCAUAAGAAUAUUCUCUUAAUAAAAAGAUCUACGAAAAAAUAUUUCAGACUUGAAAGUUGUUAGAAUUGUUUUUUUAAUGCGGCAAACACAUUUUCUUAAAUAUCAAGAAUCAGGUUUUGGUUACUCCUUACAAGGAAACAGGUUUAAGUGCCCGGUAUGAAGAAUCGAUUUCAUUUUUCUAUAUUUUGACCUUUUGUGAUGAAAGAUUUUAGCAGAGCGUUCUGGAGCAUUUAAUUAAAGAUUAUGGAAUUUUAUGCAACAAUU